AUGGCAGAAUUUUACUAUUAUGACGAGACUAGCGAUCUCCCUUAUACCGAAGAUCAUAACAGUGGGAAAGUAGUUACUGAAAAGCAGCUAGCUGAUCUAGGAGUGUUCUACAGACACGUGGAAACUGAAGAGGGGGUGAACAAGAUUGCAAAAGAACGCAAUUACAAAAAUAGAGAUGUUAUCAGUUUAAGUGAAGAGACUUUUCCCGGUGGAAAAGAAGCAUUAUCGAAACAACUUGACAAAUUUUUUGAGGAACACCUUCAUGAAGAUGAAGAGAUUAGAUACAUUCUAGAUGGUGAAGGCUAUUUUGAUGUCAGGGACUCGAAUGAUCGUUGGAUAAGAGCCAAAAUAUUUAAGCAUGACUUAUUGAUUCUUCCGCCUGGAAUAUUUCAUAGGUUUACUUUGAGUAGCACCAAGUAUAUCAAAGCAUUAAGGUUAUUUAAGGAUAGACCAAAGUGGGAAGCACAUUUUCGCAGCACUCCAGGAACGGAGGACAACAUUUACAGAAAGAACUAUCUUAAAGCGGUGAAGACCUGA